CCAUAAAGGCGAGACUGGGGCGAGGAACGCCAUUUUUCGAUCGGCAAGUUAUUAGCUUUCCCCUCCGCCGCCGUCCUUCUCAAUUUUCCUUUUUUUGUGAAGCGUCUCUAUCGGAUUCUCCUUCAUUUCUUCAUUUUCUUCCUGAUCUUGUGAAUCGACGUAUUAGGGCACAAAUUUGAAACCUCGAUUUCGUUGUUUCAACUCUUUCAGGCCGGCUUAAAUGGGGCCAAGAUGGAAAGGGAAGGGUUCAGAAGCCAAAGCUCUAGCAGAUCCCAUGUCGAAGAUUGUACUUCAGCUUCAAUCUUCUCUAACACAAUCGGACGCUCAGGGACUAUUGUCCGGAUGUAGUGUACUUUAUCAAGCAGAUGAAGAACAAACCGAUCUUUUCAAUCGCGCUUGUUUCGGUCGACCCAUUGUUACAGCCGAUAAGGAUAAGCAAUGGUUUCAAUUGGGCGUGGAGGAGGCGUUUUACUUGUCCUGUCAUUUGAAAUGCCUCAAAAUUGUCGAUGGACAAGAUUGUGAAAAGAAUGCUGAACAGCUGUGGGAGUAUAUGAAGUCCCAAAAGGCUACGUUCCCUGAGUUUUACAAGGCUUAUCAACAUCUCCGGAUGAAGAAUUGGGUUGUCAGACCUGGAUCUCAAUACGGGGUUGAUUUUGUGGCUUAUCGUCACCAUCCGGCUCUCGUCCACUCUGAAUUUGCUGUUCUUGUGUUGUCCGAAGGAGGAGGAGACAGUAACGAAAAUGGGCGAUUGAGAGUUUGGUCUGAUUUUCUCUGCACAAUUCGGCUCUGUGGAAGCGUUGCAAAAACGCUGCUAGUUCUUAGCGUCAAUAACAAUGGAAGCAGUUCUGUUUCUCCUUCAUUUUUGGACAGCUACUCCAUUGAAGAACGUACGGUUACAAGAUGGAGUCCAGAACAGUGCCGUGAAAAUCCUGCAAAAGUGUGAAUUAUACCAAUCAAAGGUGGUCUAACGAAGAAGAAGAAUCGCGUGGGGAAAUUGAAACUAUGAAUUUUGAAAAAGAAGGUAGAUAGGAAAAGGCAGAGGCUUAGUCAAACAUAUCGAUUGCUCGAGCACCAUGAAGUACCUAGGGAAAUCGGAAAGGCGUUUCCUGUUUUAAUGGUGGCCACCCCAGCUACGCUAAAUUACCAUGGAAGAUCAUGUGAAGGACAAGAUUGCUAAGAUGAUCAUCAUCAUUAUUACACUAUCAACUCUAACCUGAAAUCUUUCUUGGCUACUUGGAUGAAGGACAGCCUGUAUAGUGUAAACUGGUUUUAUCAGGUGAUAUGUCAAUUUAUCUUAAACACGACGGUUUGCAAAUUGGACUACGAGUACUGGCUCUUAUUGUUCUUCAAUAGAUUCGAGGAUUUGAUGGACGAGUGCUGAAAUCUCCCGGACAAACACAGUUGUGAUUGUGUUUACAACUGUUUGACGAAAAGGCAAAAGCCCUUGUGUGAUUAUUUUUCUCCAUCCAAUUUGGUCUCCUCCAACAUCCUGCAGUUUUUGGUGCGGCGGGGUGGUAUGGAGAAGCAAAUCUUUGCAAAAUCUUCAGAUAUUGCUCAAGGAUGUGAAGCAAACGGUUAAUAAGAGCACAUUGUAGAGGUGCUAAGAAGUGAAAUUCUUUGAAGCCAUGCCUACCAAAGUGUCACACUCGAAUAUAAAAUUUAAAGUAAAGAAAGUCCCCAUAUCUCCCUGCUUCCUCAAGUUUUCUAAGUUUUGAAUUGUAUGAGCCAGGAAGAAACCAUUAGUUAAGGUUUUUUUUUUGGGCUGUUCUUGUACAACAUGUUUGGAAGGAAUGACUUGGUGGGUCGAAUGAUCUAUCUUUUGAAUAGUAAUAGAUGUCUUUAUUUA